UGGUGGGAAACGCCAAGUCAGCCGGUGGAUCGACGCCGCGUGGCCUCUCUCUUCGUCUUCUUCUUUUUCUUCGUCCCGCUCGCGCCAUUUUCUCUCCAGUGCGUCUUCCUCACAAACAAGAAACAAAAAUUUAAAAAUAGCAAAUCGGAGGAGGAAGAAGAGGUGAAGGUCCAAUUCACAGACCGCAUCCAUUCUACAGCCGACCUCCUCUUUCUUUCAGCUUUCCUUCCUUCUCCUUCUGACCCCACGACAAUCUCUGUGUGUGUGUGUGUGUGUGACGAAUCGGGCCGAUCAGGAUGUCGUGGCUUAGAUCGGCCGUCCACAGGGCCGUUGAGGUCGGGGGAAAGAACACCCUGACUCGCACAGUGCGCAACUAUGCCGAUUCUGUCGUCCACCACGCCGGCAAUGCCGUCGCUGAGGGUGCCAAGAAGUUGCAAGAUCGGAUGGUUACCCGAACUUUUAAAAGCUUCAAGCAUACGGUGAAAAGAUUAGAAGAAGCUUCCGUUUCUUGCAGAGGGCCAGAAAGGGUGCAACUCCUGCAAAGAUGGUUGGCUGCUCUGAAAGAAACUGAAAGCAUGUCCGAGAGCUCCAGUGACAAAAGCGAAAAAACUGCAGGGUCACCCAAUUCUCUCAAUGAUGCAGACUUAUCUCCAAGAAAGACUUCUUUGGUGUUAUUUUUCGAUUCUGAGGUGGGUAGGGAGCCCGUGAACUUCCAAGAUGUUUUUCUUCACAGCCAAGCUCUUGAAGGCAUAACAAUGAACAUGAUUCUUGAAGGACCAUCUGACGAGGAGGUUAGUCUGCUGCUGGAGAUAUUUGCCCUUGCUCUUACGGGUGGAAAGGAAAUCCAUAAUGCAAUUGUGAGUAGCAUACAGGACUUGUCCAAGGCUUUCUCAACCUAUCAGGAAGAAGUGCUGGUGAAGCGGGAGGAACUACUCCAAUUUGCACAAGGUGCUAUUACAGGGUUGAAGUUAAAUGCUGAUCUUUCAAGGAUAGAUGCAGAAGCCUUAUUUCUAGAAAGGAAGCUCUAUUGCGAAAAGCCACCCGAACCAUCAUCCGCAGAUGGCCCUGACGAAGCAGUUGAUCGUAAAGCUUCCCUGUGUACUAAGGCUCUCAAAGAUGCACUUGCAGAAGUAGAGAUGUGUUCUACAUUGGAAGGUCUUCUACUAAAGAAAAAGCUGACAAGUGCUGGAGAUUCACCUGAGAAGCAUUUUCAGAAGAUUGAUAAGUUGAAGAUCUUAGCUGAAUCUCUUGCAAACUCAACAAUGAAGGCAGAAAAGCGUAUUUCCGAUAACCAGAACCAAAAGGAGGAGGCACUCAAUUUUCGUGUCGCUAAGGCCAAUGAGAUUGGUGAAAUCGAAAAGGAACUGGAGGCAGAGGUCGCACAAUUAGAAAAGCAAAGGGAUGAAAUCGAGGCUGAGUUAAAGAGGGUGAAUACCUCUUUGACAGCUACGCUUGCACGUUUACGGAAUACUAGAGAAGAGAGAGAACAAUUUGAUGAAGCCAAUAAACAAAUUAUUAUGCACCUGAAAACAAAGGAAGAUGAGCUUGCAAAAUCUGUCGCAACAUGCAAGACUGAAGCAAAUGUUGUUCGCACAUGGAUCAAUUUCUUGGAAGACACAUGGCUCAUCCAGUCAUUCUAUACUGAGGAAAAAGAAAAAUUGACCAACGAUGAAUUGGAGAAAUCAGUGAAACACUUUGAGGUGUUGCUUAGUAAGCACCUAUCCAAAUUCAAGGAAGCGCUGAAGCUGGCAGUGAUUGACAUACAGAGAUAUAUUGAGGACAUGAAUAACCUCGGUGAUAGGCUAGCAAAAUCAUCAAAUAGUGAAGCUGAAGUUUCAGAGAUAUCUGGGCAGAGGAAAAACGUCAAAGCUGUGUACUUGGACACUGAAGAAAAGAUCAUAACAACUUUCAGGACAGUGGACAACAUGAGAGAGCAAUUCUAUUCUCAUCAAGUAGAUCCUCUCAGGCAAGAUGAUUCUGAGAUUAAGAAAGCUUUUGAUGCUAUUGAAGAAAUAAGGCGGCAGUUUGAGUCCAUCAAGAGGCCAUCCCUGGAAUCUGAAUCUGAUGGAGCCUCUCCAGAGAAGGCCGUGAUAUCACCUGGUGGAGACUCACGGGAUCCAUCUGGGGCCAAACCAGGGCAGGAUGAAAUCCCAGUUCUGCAAGAAGAUGCUCCACUUCCAACCACUGGUGUAUCAGAUAAUGAACAGAACUUGGAUCCAGAAGCAGAACUUGCAAAACUGGAGUCUGAAUUUGGGAGUGUCGGUAGAGACUAUUCAACUGAAGAAAUAACGGAUUGGGAGUUUGAUGCACUCGAGCAGGAACUUAAAAUCAGUGAUGCUUCUUCUGGAAACUAAAUACACUUGGUUCAUGAGAACCCAGACUCUGCUGGCCUUAUUGGCAUUCGAGUAGUGUGUGCAUUCUAUAACAGCACAGACACGCUCACAUGUGAGCCCAUUUGGAUGGGCAUCUGUAGAUAAUGGUUCUUGUCUAGGCAGGAGGGAGCAAGCAAAUUUGGACAAUGUGGAACUUCAGGUUCCUAUCAUCUGUUGCAAGAUUCUACGAAUAAUUCAGGUGCAGCCUGUCUUUUUCCUUCAUAAGGGUUUAGCUGAUAUUUGUGCAUAUGUAUGAACGAUCCUGUAUAUCCAUUCUUUAAAGUAGAUUAUGUGCUUUUGCUGCAAUUGGUUUUAAGUGGAUUAAUAUUGUAACCGCCACUCAAACUUUUGGAACUAAUUCACCAGCCCAACCAUAUUAUAUUUCAUCUUCAAACAAUUGUGGGAGCU